AGUCUAGAUUUUUGCUUCAUUUUGGUUAAUAAUUUCGCUUGGGCUGCUUUCGAACGCAAUUUUUACAACCAUCGUUUUUGUUUUUUGUCUAAAUGGUUUUUGAGUACCCCGCAUCCUGCCAAAAAUGUUGACGACGGGAAACUUCUGCUCUGAAACUACAAAUUCCGCAAUGGCCGCCUCACCAGCUGCUCAGAAUUCCACGUCGAGCUUCGAAAGGUAUACCGGCAGCGGUAGCUGGCAUGGCUAUAGCAAACUGGAGUUCGGCCACUUUUAUCCCGGCGCAUUUUUUCCAUGAUCUUCGAUGGUCACUGUGCAGCCUGUAGUUACAACACGUCCGGCAACAUUAAUCCAGUUUCGCUUACGCCACGGUCGAACUCUCACGGGGCAGCUGACUGCGGUCGUCGUUUCAGAAUUGUUUAAUACACCUCGCCAGCCGCUGCGUGUUUCAUGCAAACCUGUGUCACAAGGAGCAACACCUUUCAGCAUUGGUUCCGAAACCCCAAAAUGACGAAUGUUGGACUUGAUCGUUCCUCAUUUUUAUGUAGUGAGGUCACCGAACGGUUCUAACCGGGGAGUUUUUUUGCCACCUAACGUGAAAAACGACCGGCAGUUUUGAAGCGGCCGGAAGUGUUUUUGAGCAUAAAAAGUUUUCACUUAUCAAGCGGCCGGGGCGUUUGCGGCAAAAAAGCCCGAGCGGAUUCUAUCGAUUCGCACUGGAUAAAACGACGCAGGGGAGCCGGCAAAAGGGGCGCCCUUCUCAGGCGCCCACCGCCUUAGUUUCUGGCGAUUUGGGGCGCCCAAAAGGGCGCCCGAAAAAAACGCGCCCAAAAUCAGAACAGCGAAACAGCACGGCACGGCCGAGAUUUCGGAGCAUUUUGGGCAGCCGCAAAAGCGGCCGCCUUUUCGCCGGUUUUAGAGCCCGUGAAGCUUUGCAAAAAGCGCCGGCGAGAAAAAUACAAACGCAAAAAAGAAAAAGCGCGCCAGACGCGCAAAGCCAAUCCGCAUGCUAUGGGCCCGAUUUUUCGUCGCUUUUUGGGCGCCCCCCGUGGCGCCCGGAUCGACCCCAUAGCAUGGGGGCUGGCUUUCGGAAGGCAAUUUCGAAAAUUUGCCAAAAUUUGCGACGCUCAUCAAGCAGCCGCCAUACCGUGAGGCCUAACGUUACUCACGGCGGUAUGGCGAGGCCAGAAAAAGCAAAGCCGCGGCCAAGGCGACGGCCGGCAAGAAAACGCCCACGACCUCACUACCUCCGCCCCGGCGGCUAUAUUUGGCAUUUGGGGACCAUUGAAACGGCAAGUGACCCCGAGGUCUUGCGGCAGUACCAGAUCGUCGCGGUGGUCUGCUGCUGUCCGUACACGGAAUUCUUGGUCACCGAGGAACAGGCAGAUAUAAAAUACUUUCGCGUCGAUGUCGAGGACCAGUCUCGGGAACCCAUACACCUGUAUUAAAACUUAAAUUACUUUUCUGUAGUUGCGAGGUAUGCCUAUCGCAUAGAAAGUAACCGUGUUGAUGACUGGAAUUUUUGGAGGUUUAUUGUCAUGCAUGUUGCGUGUGCUGAAGGUUGAAACUUCAAGUUUUGCUUUUGUGUUGAAGAGUUGGAAGCUGUUUGGCUCAAUCAGGUACUUCGAGGAGGCGCAUGACUUCAUUCACUCGUUCACGUCGAAGGAGGAGGUAUGCAGGGAAAAAGCCACUUCACAAAACGUUUGGGUUGCUGAAAAUGCAUCGGAGUGUUAGUUCCCCACCUUUUUGAGGACGAUUGAGAUAAUUGUUUCUGUCAAAAAACAAUCUCUUGCGCACACCAUGUCUGGAAAAUCAUUGCGUAUAAGAAAUGUGAAGGAGUUUUUCUUUCGGCCCCAUAUCCGAGCGUUUUUGUGCACUGCCGCGCCGGCGUCUCCCGGUCGGCCACCGUCGUGAUUUCGUACCUCAUGGCCAAGCUAAACUACACCCUGCACGACGCCUUUUUCCUGGUGCGUUCGCGGCGAGCGGCGAUCACGCCGAAUUUGGGUUUCAUGGAGCAGCUGUGCGAAUUCGAAGAAAAAAACUUCCGGGAACCGACGAUCGACAUGUGGAAAUACACAGAGUGGUACAAUGAAAUUCUCGUGACUGAUGGAGGAGCUAGUCAACUUUUAGGGAUGCAGGUACUUCUUCGCAAGUCUCUGCUGUACAGAAAUGACCGUCCUUGGGCGAGCACCUCUACCUGUGCGGCGAACGAUAUACGAAACAACUUUUCAGGUACAUGUCAUCGGAGGAUCAUCGAACCGGAGUGCCUGACAUCGCGCCAGACUAUUGACGAGCCGAUGUAGGCCAGAGAAGACCCGCUGCACCUUGCGUUCGCACUUCUCAGUUUGGCCUCUCUUUGCGGAAUCGAAGACAGAGUUUGAACACCGCUAUGAGCACUGGGCGGUACAACGCAAGGGAAUUAUGCUGGUGAAAAGCUGCAACAUGAAGCAGACGUCGCGCCUCGGUGGAUAAUAGCGACGCUUUUUAAUUUUAGUUUUUACUGUGUUUGACGCAAAUAACUUUCAGGGUAGUUUACUGCUACCUGUGCCUACACGCAGCCCGGUAUGAAAAAUGUCGACGUCAUUGCAUGAGUAGUGUCGGAGGAGCUCCUCUUGCAGACGAUGCUCUCCAACAACGGACAAAGUGACAAAAUAUCUGUGACGUGAUCCUCGGUCGUUUUUGCUUUCUCUCUGUGACUGUUUGAGAAUUUGAAUUGCGUUCCGGUCUUACUGAUUUUUUUUCCUUUGCAACUUUGCUGGUUCCUGUCAAGUGUCAAUU